AUGUCUCUGUCUGCUGCUCCUGUUAUCCCCCAGUACUCGGUCUCUGACUAUAUGAAGUUCGGUCUAGCCGGCGCCAUCGGGUGCGGGUCGACCCACUCCAGUAUGGUCCCCAUCGACGUUGUCAAGACCAGGAUCCAACUGGAACCCACUGUGUACAACAAGGGGAUGGUUGGGUCGUUCAAGCAAAUCAUCGCCGGCGAAGGUGCCGGUGCGUUGUUGACCGGGUUCGGGCCUACCUUGCUGGGCUACUCCAUUCAGGGUGCGUUCAAGUUCGGUGGGUAUGAAGUGUUCAAGAAGUUCUUCAUCGACAACUUGGGCUACGACACUGCCUCGCAGUACAAGAACUCCGUGUACAUGGGGUCUGCCGCCAUGGCCGAGUUUUUGGCUGAUAUUGCGCUGUGUCCCCUAGAGGCCACCAGAAUCAGACUGGUCUCCCAGCCCAAGUUUGCCAACGGGCUGGUCGGCGGGUUUUCCAGAAUCUUGAAAGAGGAAGGUGUCGGCUCCUUUUACAGCGGGUUCACACCAAUUCUUUUCAAACAGAUCCCUUACAACAUUGCUAAAUUCUUGGUCUUUGAACGUGCCUCCGAGUUCUACUACGGAUUUGCCGGUCCAAAGGAAAAAGUGUCCUCCACCACCGCCACUUUGUUGAACUUGCUUUCCGGUUUGACUGCUGGUUUGGCUGCUGCUAUUGUCUCGCAACCAGCAGACACCUUGUUGUCCAAGGUCAACAAGGCCAAGAAGGCCCCAGGCCAGUCCACCGUCGGGUUGCUAGCUCAAUUGGCCAAGCAAUUGGGGUUCUUUGGCUCCUUUGCUGGGUUGCCUACUCGUUUGGUCAUGGUCGGUACUUUGACCUCUUUGCAAUUCGGUAUCUAUGGUUCGUUGAAGAGCACUUUGGGCUGUCCACCAACCAUUGAGAUUGGUGGCGGUGGUCAUUAG